AUGAAAAGCUUCAAGAAUCUUUCCGUUGCCACGUUGUCCAUGGCGUUUUCUGUCAUGUUGCCGGUAGUACUUGCUGUUCCAGCGGCAGGAGCAAGCUAUGUGAACUGGACCAAUUUCUCCGGCACAGGUGUCAACCUUGGUGGAUGGCUAGAACAAGAAAGCACCAUCGACUCGGCCUUCUGGGCCAAGUACGGCGGCAACGCAACCGAUGAAUGGACCCUAUGCGCACAAUUGGGGACUCAAUGUKCCCCUGUUCUCACUCAACGAUAUGCAACUUAUAUCACGACCUCGGACAUCGACACGCUAGCAGCAGCCGGUGUCACCAUCCUCCGUAUCCCAACGACGUAUGCUGCCUGGGUGACAGUUCCGGGAUCCCAAUUGUUUCAUGGGGAUCAAGUCUCCUUCUUGAAAAAUAUUGCAACCUAUGCCAUUAACAAGUACAAUAUGCACAUUAUCAUCGAUGUACACAGUCUUCCUGGUGGGGUGAAUGGUAUGGCGUUUGGGGAGGCAACUGGACACUUUGGGUGGUACAACAAUGCAACUGCUUUGAAUUAUUCAUAUCAAGUCGUCGACGCUGUCAUCAGCUAUGUUCAGUCCUCUGGCUUCCCUCAGUCAUAUACAAUCGAGCCUAUCAAUGAACCAGUUGAUAACGCCGAUUUUUCGACGUUCGGCACCUCUGCAGCGCUGUCCGAUAGCGGUGCUGCCUGGGUACUACAGUACAUAAAGGGUGUUAUCGCCAAGGUACAAGCCGUCAACUCUAAGAUUCCUGUUAUGUUUCAAGGUAGCUUCAAGGGAGAGGAAUAUUGGUCCCCGAGCUUUCCCGCCGGCACAAAUCUCGUCUUUGAUGUGCACAACUACUACUUCGCCGGCCGGCCUACCGACUCUGUCAACGUUUCUUCCGUGAUAUGCUCGGACGCAAAAUAUUCUGGCGGCGAUGGUAAAUUCCCAGUAUUUGUCGGCGAGUGGUCGAUUCAGACCGCUUCCGACAACUUGUUUUCGACUCGCAAGAAGAACUUGAACACGGGGCUUUAUGCAUUUGCAAAGUAUACCCGCGGUUCGGCUUACUGGACUGCCAAAUUCUCUGGUAACGCGAGCGUUGUUGGACAAGGUACUCAGGCGGAUUAUUGGAGCUAUGAGAACUUCAUUAGCCUUGGCUAUGUGGAUGCUGCUUCAGGCGCCCAGUACUGUUCCUGA